AUGGCGACGUGCGAAAUUCUGAUGCAAGAUCGAAAGAGUCAGGAAGGUGGUGGAAAAACCUUGACGGACACAUCAAGGAACAAUGAUGGCUCGAACGAGGCAAUUCGUAAGAUUUUGGAAGGAAAACCAUUCAUUUUCCCCGUGUGUGAUAAAGGACACUCUAGUAGAAAUGGUUUAAAACAUCAUUAUAAGAAACAUCAGAAUGGCAGUGAGAACAAAACGUAUUACUGCCAUGAAUGUAAGAAACGUUUUAAGACGAAGAGAAGUUCUGGUUGCAUGAUGUGAAAGUUCAUGGACUCAUUGAAACGUCGUUGGAAGAAAGUGAUUCAGAAAUGGUUGCAGGGCAUGAAGAGAGAGAGUUGGAAGCACGUGGAUAAAUAUGACAGACACAAGAACUGAUGUAAGGAGUGGUGGAGAUAUAAGAGGUGAUAGGAUGGACUGGAGACUUGGUAAGGUCUCACAAUUCAAGCCAGGAAACGAUAGAAAGGUUAGGAACGUCGAAGUUCAGUACAAGAAUCCAAAGAGUGGAGAACCCGUCAAUAAGUAUAGUGGUUAAGAUUAUGUCACAGUCCAUCGAUUAGUGGUAAUUCUGCCUGCGGAUCAUGAUGAUAAGUGAUGAAGAAAGGAUAAGAAACUUAGGGACACACACUUGCAAAAACACUCUUAUAGUCUUAUUAUGUUGAGUUAAGUUGAUUCUGAUAUAGAACUUUGUUAAUGCUGAGAACUUGUUAGCGUUAUUAGAAGGUGGCAGUGUUUCGUUUAGUACGAAAGUUUAGCGAACGACUUUUGAGCGAUGUGAAACGAGAUUACGAAGUUUACGGAAGCGACUUUUGGUUGAUGGAAAAUAUAAGGAUUUUUGGACACCAUGUUUGAUUGAGUGUUAUAAACUUUUAGAAAGUGAUUUAAGGGGCGAUAUUUAAGAAUGUGUAGCAGUUUAACUGCGAGGAGACCACCAGGUAAUUAAUUAAUAUUGCAUGUGACUUCCCGUUUAUCUGCAUUAUUUUUGUAUUUUGCAUGUCUUUUUUAUUGUAAAAAUAUGUGUAAUUUUAUAUUGUUUAGACUUCGAAACUAUUAAAAGUACUUUGACAUUCGUCGUUGUUGUUUCUGAAAUGGCGGUUGAAAACGAAGAAAGCGGCUAA